GCUUGUCCUCCUCCUUUGACGCCAUCACCAACAGCUGCCUUACCAAGGCUACCCCCCCUUGCGUCGACCUGAUUUCUCUCCCCCCUCCUUUUUUUUCUUGGGUUUGGCCUCUGUGAUUUUAGUUCCCACACAAUUGAUCGCGAAUUGCUUCAGAUGGCCUGAACGAUCGAUGUGAGAUGGCCAAUCCUCCCCCCGUUCGUCGGGGCUCUUCUACAGGCCAUCUACCUUUACCUCCACAACCGCUUGCGCCCAUGACCCCGACAUCUAGCAAAUCUCCGUCACCACCGCACACAACGAAGACAGCUCCUCCUGAGAUCGAUGGUCCCGUUCAUCCGUCCCUUCUUCAACCACGUGUCGCCGUCGUUCUCAAUGUUCCGAAGCCAUGGCACCCGUGGCUUUUUGCCCUACGGCUCUUCUCCAUCCUGCCGGCGUUGUGGUGGGGAUUGCCUUCUGCGCUUCAACUACUGUUACGUGUCUUGCCAGGACCAGAGAUUGUAGUUGUUGUGCCUUCAACGACGGGAGGGUCUGUGGCUAUGAGUGUCGAGGCAGAUCCGCGGUACGCCCUGACUGAGACUGGGCUCGCAACUAUAUGGUGUUUUGCUUCGGGAUAUUUAUCAUUCUUCUUCACAGACUGUCUGAUGUCCAGAUGGCUCAUCAAUUAUACCCCACAAGCGACAAUGGUUCGCCUGCUCACAACCAACUUUUGUAACGCCUAUCUCACUGCGUUUGUGCUCUCUUUCACGGGUGGUUUCCAAGACCCUCGUCUCCUCCUCCCAGGUUGGGUUGGCAUAGCCACUACUCUUACCAUGAUGUAUCACGUCACCCACCAAAAGAUUAACAUUCGCAAGGAGACGUCCACCUCCAUCAACGUCUUUUCCAUAGCUUGUUCCAUCACUAUGGUGACUCUGCUGGUACACCUUCAUCAGUCCACACCUGACUACCCCCAGAUGCCAAUUGUAGCUUCUGGUCGGCGCGCCUUUGAUGAGGCAUCGCGCGUUAUCACUCAGAUCAGGGGAAGCAUCGAGCAGCAUGAAGACCUGUAGAACUUCUCGGCUGUCUUCGGGCGAAUGAAAUGCCUCUGUAUUUGUGUAUGCACAAAGAAGCAGGCGAACCGUUGUUGUUUUCCUUUACAAAUGACUUUCAGCGACUUUUUGGUUUCUCUUUGAACUCUGAUAUCCCCGCCCACGCUAGGGCUGAACAUGUCUGAUUAUUCUGCUGGGCUAUAGCUGAAACCGAAACCUCAUGUAUACAAUAGUCUGUGAAUCCCAAGCAGUGUGCAGCUUUGGAGCCUGGAUUUUGGUUGGCACGACUCCAGUUGCUGUGCCUUAGAAGUGGGACCUGACGUCAAACUACCACCACAACUAGGAUUGAAACAAAUUCACAUCAAUUUUUAGCAAAAAGAUUCGGAAUCGACUUUGUAUUUGCCUGAGACUACUGCGGGGCUUGCCCAUGUAGACAUAUCUGACUAACGAGCGACUGAC